CUAAUACAGACAGCCCAGCUACGUCACAUGUGACCGAGCCGAUGCCUUCAAAGCAACCAGCACCACCAGAAGUCGUCACCUGGCAAUCUAAGACGACUGCAGCUCCCGCGACAACAGAGCCGUUGCCUCCAGUGGUGUGCAAACGGGGAGAGUUCAAAUGCCGGACAGAAAACACUUGCAUUCCGGGUUCACUGCUCUGCGACGGGGUUUAUGACUGCCUGGAUGGACUUGACGAGAAGUGCGGAAGCGGAGCACAAUGCAAAGAAAACGAAUUUUUCUGUGUUACUCGUACUCCAAGUGCUUGCCUGCCACGUUCUCUGCUGUGCGAUGACCAGGAAGACUGUGUUGGUGGUUCAGAUGAAGCCCUGUGUGGAGCGUGCCCAGCGUAUUUCUGCCAGAAUGCUGGUACAUGCCGAUGGACAGCAUUGUCUCGUAGCCCCAGGUGUGAAUGUCCCCGAGGCUACAAGGGUGUGCGCUGUCAGACGACAGCCGAAAUCAAAGCAUUAGAGAACAAGCUUACAGCAAAAGCAUCCGGAUCUGCUGGAGCUGUUGCCACUGGUGUUAUAGUCGUAUUUGCUAUAGUUAUCAUAGGCGUAGUGGCAGCAAUCGUCAUCAUGAGAAAGCGACGAAUAGCGAGGAAAUCUCCGGUGUACAUCGACAAUCCAUCAUACGAUGCUUCAACUGAUGAAAUAAGACUUGUGAACUGAUGGACUACACCCGAGUAUACAGAGCCAACUUGCAUGCUACUCUAAAAAUGAAGAAAAGAAUACUUCGAAUUCGAAUUAUUUGUACUGUAUUAUACCGAGUUUCUUUAUAGUGAGAAUAAAAUAAAUUGAACAGUUAAACCAA